AUGUCUCAAAGCACAUUAAGAAGAGCCAUUGGGGCAGUGAAGGAUCAAACGAGCAUAGGCCUGGCGAAGGUGGGAAACAGCGCAUCACUUGCAGAUCUUCAUGUGGCAGUUGUGAAAGCAACAAGGCAUGAUGAGUACCCGGCUGAAGAGAAGCACAUCAGGGAGAUUCUGAGCUUAACAAGUUACUCUCGGGCAUUCAUCACUGCAUGUGUAAGUACCCUCUCUAGGCGUCUCAGCAAGACCAGUAGUUGGACAGUGGCUUUGAAAACACUUAUGUUGAUUCAAAGAUUGCUAGCAGACGGUGAUCCUGCGUAUGAACAAGAAAUAUUCUUCUCUACUCGUCGUGGGACUCGCCUCCUCAACUUGUCUGAUUUUAGGGACAACUCAAAGUAUAAUUCAUGGGAAUUCUGUGCAUUUGUGCGCACUUUUGCAUUAUAUCUAGAUGAAAGACUCGAGUAUACGAUGCAAAGUAAACGUGGAAAGCGCAGCAGGUUUGCUCAUGAAGAGGAAGAAGAGGAAACUAUUGAGAAAGAAAGAGAGAAAGGUAGAUGCAGUAGAGAAAGAGAAAAGGAUAGAGAAAUCGUCAAAGUCACACCAAUUUGUGAAAUGAAGACUAACGAUCUAUUUUCCAAAAUGCAGCACUUGCAAUUAGUGCUUGAGCGCUUUCUAGCUUGUCGCCCAACAGGGAGAGCAAGGACGCAUCGAAUUGUGACAGUGGCGCUCUACUCUACUGUGAAGGAGAGUUUCCAAAUAUACAACAGCAUUACAGAAAUAUUGAGUAUCUUCAUUGAUCGUUUCACUAGCAUGGAGAUACCAGAGUGCAUUAAGGUGUAUGACAUCUUUUGCCGCGUUGGGAAACAAUAUGAUGAGCUAGACUUAUUCUACAGCUGGUCCAAGAGUGUUGGAAUUGCACGCUCUACCGAGUAUCCCGAGAUUGAGAAGGUUACAACAAAGAAGCUAGAGAUUAUGGAUCAGUACAUUAGAGACAAACCACAAAACAAGAAACUUAACGUCCAAGAAGAAAAGAAUGAAGUAUCGGAACCAGAGCCAACGCCGGAGGAGGACAUAAAUGCAAUCAAGGCACUACCAGCGCCAGAACCUAUCUGCCAAGAACCAGUAGAAGAAGUGAAGGAAGAGACCAAGGUUGAAGUGACGGAAGAGACCAAGGAAGAAGAACCCAAGGAAGAAAAAUUGGUGCAAACCGAGGGUAAUCUAUUGGAUUUAGGAGAUGACAUGGAGACAAGUCAAGAAUAUGGAGACAACCUAGCCUUGGCAUUAUUUGAUGGUGCAGCACCAGCAUCCUGCGCCACGCCAGCACUUCCCUGGCAUGCAUUUGAUGAUGCAGCAGAUUGGGAGACAGCAUUAGUCCAAUCAUCCAGUAACUUGUCAACCCAAAAGCCAUCAUUAGGAGGCGGCUUUGACAAAUUGAUGUUGGAUGGUAUGUAUACACAAGCAGCAACAAAUGCAGCUAUGCAAGGACAAAUUUAUGGGAUGAGUGGCAGUGCUAGCAGUAUGGUUCGAGGGUCAACAGGAAGGCCUGCAAUGCUAGCAUUGCCUGCACCACAAACAUCCGCGGUAUGUUCAAUUUCAGCAAGUGUAGAUCCAUUUGCAGCUUCACUGGCAGUGGCUCCUCCAGCUUACGUUCAAAUGUCAGAGAUAGAGAAAAAACAGAGGCUAUUACUGGAAGAACAGAUAAUGUGGCAACAAUAUGCAAGUAGAAUGCAAGGAAAUGUUGCGUUUACAAAACUACAACCUAACAAUACGUAUUACAUGGGUCAGCAUCCACAAAACUAUGGACAGUAUUAUCAUUAA